AGAAAAGACUUACAUGUAUGAUUAAGAAUAAGAUUUUAUGAAUGAAAUCUAAUGGGAUAAGAAUUCUUAAGAACAAAAGCAAUUUAUUACAUAUUGUGAUUGAAGGAAAUGAAAUGAAUACAUUAUGUAAGAAAUAAUAAGAAGCCAUUGAUUAUUGGUAGAAAUAGAAUCCAAAACCAUUAUAUAUUAAAUGGAAUUAGGCAUUAAGGGAUACCGAGAUUGUAGAUUUCUACUCAAACGUUGCUAGGGAGAACAGAUAAUUAUUGCAUUCUUUUAUGAUGGAAAUCCUUAAACUUAGGCUUUAAAAUUAUCACAAAAACUAAUAAAGCAAAUAUUAGGUUUAAGGAAAUUAUUUUAAAGAAUAUGUUUGAUGAAUGACUUUGCAUACAAUCUCUAUUCUAAACUUGAC